AUGGGUCCAUCCGGCCGGAACCUCCGCCCUGGCUGUGCUUCCUCCGCCGCCACCAACUCACCUUUGCGACCAGCAUUCGAUGUUCUUGACGUUGAUUGUGACGGAAAAAUAAGCUACGACGAUCUUCACUCUUCCUACAACAGGUUUUGCCACCAUGACACCCAGAAAGGCGAAGUAAUAGGGUGGAUGAUGACGGUGGCGGACACCAACGGAGACGGGUUUGUGGAAUACGAAGAGUUCGAGCGCGUGUUGGAAAUGGGAGGCGGCGGAAAAGCAGCAUGGGACAGUGGAUUGAUGAUGAAGGAAGUGUUCAGAGUGAUGGACAAGCACGACGGCGACGGCAAGCUCGGCCACAAAGAUCUGAAAAGUUUCAUGGAGUGGGCUGGGAUCGCCGUUACCGAUCAAGACAUCGACGAUAUGAUCGCACUUGGCCGCGGUGACCUAAACGACGGCGUGAGCUUGGAUGGUUUCAUUGGGUUACUGGGUGGUGUUGGAUCUUGAUGUCGUCGGCGACGACUAAGUGUUAUGUCUUUUUCGAUCACUGUCUUUCGUCGAGAAAAUCAGACGGAUGAGGUGGAAGAUGUUCGCAACAAUGAACUGCUUGAGAGUAAUAAAUUGUAAUUUGAAGUUACCUGAAUUGACAAAACACCACAUGUAGUGUAAUAUAUGUCCUUUGUUUUUCCUUUUUUUUUUUUUUUGUGACCUUGAUGUAAUGUAAUAUAUAUCAAAGUCUGUGGG